CGUCGCCUUAGUCUGCUCAAUCCGCGUUGUCGUUGUUGUGCUCGAAGUGAGGUUGCGCCGAUGUACUUGGGUAAAUUUCAAUAAUCAGCACAAAAGAAAGCUAGGCCGCGCUCCGAAAUAGAGAGAGACGAUUCGCUUGCUUUCGCAAGAUAAGCCUUAGCCGCAGCAUAGUGCGCUCGCUGGGUCAGCCUCACUGGGACUAGAUCUUCCCACCUACGUUCGAGGCUGCGAGUACAAGUCGAGACGGCAAGCGCGGUAGCCCAGCAACUACACGCAUAACGUCCUUAGACGCAGCUAUGCAGUUGAACAUUCGGCUUCCAGACGGAGUCAUCUUGAACAGCUUCACUGUCUUUGACAAUGAAACUAUUGAGCAACUCAAGAAAAGGUUACAGCCGCGCGUCUGCAGGUCACCUGAGGAACAAUGUCUGAUCGCGAACGGACGGGUCCUUGACGACGCAUGCACGGUUGACGUUACUGGACUUUCAGAUGGGACAACGGUUCAGCUGAUGCUCCAUGAUGGUCUCGUUAAAAGCAAAGGCCAGUCAGCCCCAGUAUCGGUUGCAAUCAAUGAUGAAUCCUCGUUUGUCGUCCAAAUUAAGAUUGGUGAUAGCAUUAGCCACGAACAAGAAGUUGCGGCUGGUGAUCUCGUGUAUAGCCUAAAACUAAAGAUUGAACACGAGUUACGCAAGUCGCAGAGAAGGACAGUGCCAUUUGGAAGGCAGAUAUUGCUAUACGAGCAAGUAGAACUUCAAAACGGGCGGAAAUUGAGACAUUACAAGCUCGAAAACGGUGCAGUACUAGAGAUGCAAGACAAAAGCCCACCUCAGACAGCUCAACAGGAUGUAGAGGGUACACAAACAGUAUUCGUCAAAACGCUUACGGGGACUACUGUCUCACUAGUCCGGCUAAAUCUCAGUACGACACUUGUUAUCAAACUCAAGGAAGACAUUCAAGAUAGAACAGGUAUUCCACCGGAGACACAGCGGUUGAUAUAUGCGGGUAAGCAGUUGGAAGAUGAACGGACAUUGGGAGAGUAUAACAUCGAGAGUGAGAGUACCCUGCACAUGGUGUUGCGCGUUCCAGGAGGAGGUGCGGUAGACUAGCAACACUAAUCGCGAAGUGUGUUCGGACAUAACGGUAUACUGAUGGUUCCUGCCAGUCGUCAUUCUUCUGCAUUCAUCCUCUGCGUAUGUUUAAAUACUGCAUGACAAGGUACUGCGACGACAGGACGACAGUAGUAAUAAAGUGCG